CAGACAACGAUAAGAAAAGAAACAAGGAACUCUCUCUCAUCCUGCACGUCUCAAGAGGCAACGCGCGUUCUAGAGGUAGCCAUUGAGAGAGAGGGAAAGAGAGAGUGAAAGAGAGAGGGAGCUUUCCGCAACAUGUCGCGCGUGAGGCGGUCUCGCGUCGAACGCGUACGCGAAAAAUGUCAGUUUCAAAAAGCUAAGACCCAAAUUCCUCGCGAAGAAUGAGUGAUCGUUGAAUGUCCACGCGGCAAACAUACGGCAAACGCAACGAUUUCGUUGGAUUCGGCUGAACCGCCCAAAAAGUAACCUACAAUAAACGGCGGCACGGCCGCAGCAGUGGUGCAGCGCGAAGAGGAAAAUGCCGCGCACCAAGGGCUCGCCGCAAAAAUGCGUCAAGACAGCGAACUGUCAUCCGUCGGCGAAUACGUGGGUGUUCCUCAUGAAGGGAGAUAAUCUAGACGAUACAGACGAUGGCCAGCCGGAGGUUGUAAAGCUUAGACAUCCAGCCUCUAGUAAACCAGCUAUAUUUGUAUUCAGUCCUGGGAAUAUCACAGUCCAGGAGGUAUUAAUGUUUGAUGAGAGCAAACGAUCCUGGUUUGUUGAUGAUAAUGUUAAGUCUGAUGGCAAGUUACAUCUGUCAACACCAAUUGAUCCUAUCUUUUUAGUUUUACCGUACUUAAGAAAGUCACAGUUGGCACAACCUUUAGAACAAUGUCUCUGGGACGAGGAUUAUCCAGAGACAUCACGUCUCGCGCAAUGCAAAAAUCUCAAGCUAUCAUUAGUCGCUGAUCGUAAAGGGGAUGAAUCCUUACAAGCUUUCAAGUUCAAUGAGGAGAAGUCGUUAAAGUGGCUGCAGAAAAAGGUAGAAAGAGUAGCAGAUGUGUUGAAGCAGAAGGGAGUUCAUGUGUCCCAAGGGGCCAUGAGUGCUACUUAUGUUAAGAGUACUAAAUUUGAAACUGGCACAGAGGCAGAAUACUUGAGAUAUGCGCAUGGUAUUGUGUCAGAAUAUCUUGCGGAGGAUCUAUCAAAGCAGUUGGCGCAAUACAUGAACAUACCUGAUGAAGUGGAUGGUAAAAAGCGCAAGUUAAGUAGUCCAAAAGUUGAAGCUGAUGAGAAACGACCAAAGAGAGACUCCUUAAAAGAGAGCCCAGCACCAAAAGCAAAGAUGAAGGAAUUAACUAAGGCUGAAAAGAAAAGUGUUGCUCCUGGUAAAAAGGAAUUAACCAAACAAAGAGCGGCAGCAGGAUCUAAGAGUAUUACCAGUUUUUUUAAGAAGAAGUAAAUUUUAACGUAAUACAGGGCAUUUUUUAAAAUUAGUGCGUUUAUGAAAGCAUUUGUCAAAAUGUCCUACAAAUUUCUUUUACUCUCAAUGUGUACAUCUCUCUAGAUAUAUAACAAUAUACAAAUAAAAUAAAAUAAAAUAAAGUCCAUCUGA